UUGAAGGAUGCGAAGAAGGUCUUGACCCGUGGCCCCAAGAUGAGCGUGACGUCAUGGUUUCUGGUCAGCAGCUCCGGCACACGCCACCGGUUGCCACGGGAGAUGAUUUUCGUUGGCAGGGAUGACUGCGAGCUGAUGCUGCAGUCACGCAGCGUGGACAAGCAGCACGCUGUGAUCAACUACGACCCGAACACGGAUGAGCAUAUGGUGAAGGACCUCGGAAGUCUGAAUGGGACGUUUGUCAACGACCUGCGGAUCCCCGACCAGACGUACAUCACCCUCAAACUCUCCGACAUCAUCCGCUUCGGUUACGAUUCGCAUGUUUAUAUUCUGGAGAAGAGUCAACACAAGGUCCCAGAGGAAGCACUCAAACAUGAGAAGUACACCAGCCAGUUGCAGCUCAGCAUCAAAGCUCUGGAGGCCCGAGAGAAGGAGAAGGAGAAGCAGAAGCUGCAGAAGUCGGACAAGAACAGAGACGCUCUGUCUGGUGUCAAGCUGCAGGAGCGGGUGGAGAGAAAAGCCCAGUCUCUCACAGCUGUCACAGACUCCCCUAUAUCAAAGCCAUCUCCCCUGUAUGGACAACCGUCCUGGUGGGGGGAGGAUGAAAACCCGACCAGCAAGAGCCCGAGUCGAGCUGUCAAGUCACCAGAGCGAGAGACGUCAGGUAUUGGUAAAGAUGUUUCCAAAUACGAGAUCACUGGUUCUCUCUCGGACAAUCAAGCCAAGUCCAUCUUCUCGUACCGCCGAGAGCCCAGCUACUUUGAGAUUCCAACAAAGGAGCUGCAGCAGCGUCCUCUCAGAAAGCUGGAGUCCCAGGUCCAUGAGGUUCCCACCAAGGACACACCAGAUCCUCUCGAAGACUCUCUAACUACCUCCAAACACUCAGUGGUGCAGAGCCACGCGUCCUUCACCAUUGAAUUCGACGAGUGCUCUCCAGGGAAAAUGAAAAUUAAGGAUCAUGUGACCAAAUUCUCGUUCCGCCAGCAGCGCAAAGCUCCCACUGAGUCGGCCGCCACGCCCACUGAGGUGGUGUCGGCGGAAAGCAAGGUGGUGGACUGGCUGGUCCAGAGCAACGCUAGCAUGAUGAGGAGGCAGUCACAGACUGAUGAUGUGCUCCAAAUUGAUCAGUCUCUUUUGAAAAACAAAAACCAACGUGAACUUCGCUCGCAUGAUGAUCCUGAAGAUUCUGUUGUCAUGAAGGAUCUCCUCACGUCAGAUCCUGUUGGGGUUCAGAUGUCCCCACACCCACUGAGAGCCUCCCCUCCUCAACGUUUAACCUCCACUGAGACUGAGGACAGUCUAGACAAAUCCGAUCCCCAUCAGGACUUUCCUGUGGAAAUCUACGACGAGAACAUCAGAAAAAAGCGUUCCCAGUCCUUCACUACCUCACCAGAAUCCCCCGCCGCCCGCAACCAGUCAGAGAACCCCACGAAAAGUUUAAUUGGGGAGAAAUAUAACUCCCCGCAGGCGGCUGCUUCCCCCCCAACCCAGCGUUACACGAUCCCCCUAAAAAGCCCAGCGUCUCCUGCUCUGAAGAGAAACGGUUCAUUGCGUCGGGAGAGAUCCGAGGUCAGAAUAAGCUCUUCGUCUGUGGCCACUAAACCGUUCGGCAGUGUGGGCAGAAAAUCCAAACUUGCCCAGGAGUUUUCAGCCGAGUUGCUCAAACAGUCGAAUCACACCUCGCCCACCAGCAGUGACAAGAGCACGCCAAGUCCCCAAACUAACACCAACAGUAUUAGAUCCUCCAGCACGCCCUCCUCGAAUUCGCCGUACGAGCCCCAAACGUCCUCUCCUAUUCAUCGGCCUGUACCCCUGAAGCCUCCCAUCAUGCCAGUGGCAUCCCAGAGCGUGGAGGUGAAAAGCCCCCCAGCAAGGCACGAAGAGGAGGACAGCUUGAGUGACGCAGGAACCUACACCAUCGAGGCAGAUGUUCGGGAUAAAGAACUAGAAGAAGCUCGGGGAAGCAUCGAUCAGGCUCAGUCGGCAGAAGCUCCUAAGUGGAGGUCUUGCUGGGCCAGCUUGGCGGACAGCUACACUGACUCCGGACGUGCAACCGGCGUCUUUGACAUCUCCUCACAGAUGGACCCUUCAGAACUUGCCGCCUACAAGUCCAGCAAAACUCCAAACAGCGCUGAAGGCUUCGGGACUGGCACGUCGGUAGAGAAGAGUGAUCGCCCAACUCCCAUGAUUCAUGUUCAUUAUGACCCACAGUCAACAUUUGAUGUGGAGGAAAGCAGCUCUGAGGCCCUCAGGGGCCAGGACAGUGUUAGCCGCUUGUCCGUGCACGACGACUUGGAUCCAGACAGUCUGAGCGAUGCCAGCAAGUCCGACGAUGGUUCUGUUAUAGACCAGCGCAGGAAACCGUCGUCUGACACAGAGAAGACGCUAGAGGACGAGUCCAAGGCUACGUCGUUCUAUAUCGGGUCAGAUGACCAAAACCAAACAAGUCCCAGCCAGGUCAAACCUGCCACCCCGCUGCCUGGGAGAAAAAAUGCCACCAAAACCUUCUCGACUGCAACUCUGACUAAACCAAAAAGAAACCAAGACCCUGGGAAAAUGGCGGGAAGUGCAUCUGCUCCUGUUCUGACUCAGGACACUGAGUCAAAUGAGAUCCCAGUCACCUUGGUCAGACAGAGAAGCUUUACUAAAGACCAGCCCAGCAAUGCUAGACUUCCCAACAUCUCCACCGAGUCUUCCCCAAAUCAGGACACCCAUUCGUACCUCAAAGAGACAGAGAACGCGCUCGCAGCGCUGGAGGCCAAACUCAAAACCGAGCAAUCGACGACUGCUCCCUCUCCUGUGAUGGACUCGCUUUCAGGGGAGUCCGACAUCGAUACCUCCAGUUCACUCAGCCACCACAGCAAUAAGACCAAACCAAAUCUGACAAGAAAACCUGUGAUCAGUGGCAUUCGGCGAGAAAAGUCUUCCGCUAGCAUUGCUAGCCAGGACUCCAAUUACCAGUCCUCGACUUCUGAGCGUCUGUACGAGAAACAGAGUUCUCAGAGGAGCUCCAGGGCGGAGUCGGUGAGGCGAGCCGCCGGACUCAGGCGGAGUGCCGGUAAAUGUGGCUCAACAGACUUCAGCGAUGACCCUCAAACUGCCACCGUACCCUACUCAGACCAUGAGUCCCACAGUUACCAGACCAGGAAAAAAUACACAGUCCCCCUCCAGAAGGAGGAUGGAAAGGGCAUCAAAAUCUCCCAGGUCCUGAGUCGAGCCAGCAGCUUGUCGGCACCGAGGCCGACCAGGGCGUCCAUGCUCCGGCGGGCACGCCUGGGUGAAGCCUCCGACAACGAGGGAGCGGAGACAGAGAGGAUGGCGCAGGAGACGGCCAGUGUUCCCGCCAAGCAGCCGCCAACUGAGACCAAGAAACUCUCCAAGUGGGACAUGCUGGCGAUGCCUCGGAAGCGGACCAGUUCGAUCCACGCGCCGAGUGACAGCGAGGCCACAGGCGGGAGGAACACGGGAUUCUCCAACCGCAGCACAGAGCUGGGCUAUAACUCUACCCGGAGGUCUUCCACACCGGGACCGAAACCAGCUGAGCGGCCGCAGAAGCCUGCUCUCAACAAGACCCCCAUCACCCGGGUACGGUCCAGCAGCGCCAAAUACAGUAGCAGCACUGCAAGCUCUCGGCGGCGACAGAAGGGCACCGACUAUACUUCUACCUCAGAUGAGGAGUACGACUCAAACCAGAGCACCCCUAAACCCAAACGCUCCCAAACUCCCUCAGCUUCCCACAGCCCUCGCAGGACUCAGCAGCCCAAGUCUCGCGCCACACAGUCCGAGGACGAGAACCGGGAGGGGGGCACCACCAACAGCUGGUCCUCGCACAGCGCCGAGAUCGCACGACUGAGCAAAGACUUGGCCAAAGAUCUCGCCAUUCUGGCCCGAGAGAUUCACGAUGUGGCGGGUGAGGGAGACCCAGAGACGUUCGUGGAGGAGAGCAACACUUCAACAUCGACGGUCACGGCUCACGGACAGUCGGGUCACAGUUAUCUGGAGUCGGUGACCCAAAGAGUCUCACCGGGUUCUUCACCCACUGUCCCAGGGGAUCGUGACAGUAGCUCCCAGCGAGAGGUGGGUGGCGGGAUGUUGGAUCCGGUCUCUCAGGUCAUCAUGGCCAUCAAGGAGAACACCGACCAGCUCGCCGGCAAGAUCAAGGUGAUGUUCCAGGACCGGCUGGAUGUUUGGGAGGAGAUUGAAGCCAAAGUCAAUUCUGACAACAGCGCCCCCGGCGUCAAAACCUCCAAUAAGGAAAUCUCCUCCAUCCUCAAAGAGCUGAGCAGAGUUCAGAGACAGCUUGAAGUCAUCAACACGGUGGUGGAGCCCUGUCGUCAGCCCGAACCUACCAAGACCACGGCCUCAGCUCGACCUUCCAGAACCGGAUCAUCGAGGGACUGGAGGACAGGCCACUCCAACACGCGGCGAGGCGGCGGGCCGAGGCCCAGUGAGAGUGUCCGCCGAACCGCCGUGACACCUGAAGAUGUGCGGCAGGGGUAUCUGGUUUGACUCUCGAACCCUGGACCAGUUCACCCGACACAAGAGAGGAAGUCGGGCCGUUACUUUUGCACUGAACUUAACACGUUAGUGCUGCAGAUGUUUCAUGAGCACAAUCGGAUUCAAGCUCCAGCCUGAGGAGAAAACUCAGGGACGUUGUUGAGUCAGAGUUAUGUUGCAACGUUUUCCUGCGCAGGUGCUCGGUCAUUUGACAAUCAUGUUUAGAGCUAAAAAAUCUUCACUGAAAAUACCAAGUUCCACAGACAGAUUUCCAGGUCCAAAAUCCAAAUUUUGUGAUUCUUUCCAAAAAUGAAUCAUGAAUAUUCCGAAUGUUUUGCUAGCGGUGGAACUUGUUUACGUUGUGUUUUCCAGCGUCGUCCGUUAAGCCCCGCCCCCAUGGAGCGCUGAAUGUAUCUGUAUUUAUUCUGUCCGUUCUUGUCGACUCGCGGUGCCAGUCUUUUGAGAUUAAAUCCGUUUCAGUCGUAGUUCUCUGUUGGUCAGCUUCGAAGAAAGGGCUGUAGAUGUGUGUCUCUCUGCUGGUCCUGUCCGACCCGAGACAACUGAUUGUGUUUUGCUACUGACCCAAGUCGUCGCACACUUCUGGGAGAGGUCACGUGAGUUCAUGUGCGGGGUGUAAAUAUCUGUUAAAUACCUCUCAGUCUUUUGCACUAAAUGAAUGAUUCCGUCUCGUAUCGCGACUGAAAGUCUUUUACCGUGAGGUUUUGCCUCUCAAGUGCCACGGAGCUUCGAAUGUUUGACUCGAAUCGAAGACGUCAUCUGAAGUCGUCUGUUUUAUUUGUGUUCAUGAUUGUGAUAAAUAUCAAAUAAAUUAAACUGAUAAAUCUGAUUUGUGUU